AUCGCGCCUAUCACCAUUUCCCUCCCAUUCUCCCCUGCCUAUUCUUGUAAGCAUUUUUUUUUUUCCAGAAACAGGGAAAAUCUAUUUCCCUCCUACAAAACAGAGGCUAAAUCUCAACUUCUUCUUCCGCCAAAAACAAGAAAAAAGUCUAAUCUUCUCUCAUUCGUCCUGCUAGAGUGCCGACGGCGGAUCCCCGGCUGGCCCUCUUCGGCUUGGAUCCGGCAAUGUGUCGCGUGCCUCGCCCCUGAAGACGAAAGAAGAGGAAUGACAUAAAAUCUCGAUGGAGAAACCGAUCACUGCCUCUGAUUCGCAUUCGCAAGAGAAGAGGCGGUUGAAUUUUGCUUGCCAUCAUCAUCGAAUCAUCGUUGAGAAGAGGAGGUCGCAUCGCCCUUAGUCGUCGUCGUCGAGGUCCAAUCUCCACUAAUCCCCCCCUCUGUUUUCCAUCGCUGCGCGCGGAGGUUAGAACAAGUGAGGAAUUUGAUUCAUCGCCACCGCCAAUCCCCAAUUCCUCUCGACGAAUCCGACUGAUCAACCAUGAAUCCCUUCAACAGAUUUUUCGUCUUCCGGGUCAACUCGUUCUCCCUCAACCUUUUCUAUUUCCUCUUCCUCUCCUUCGCCGGCUACUGGAUCCUCAUCUACCUCGGGACCCGGCCGGGCGCCGACGUCCCACGGACCAUCGACUACGUCUUCACCGCCGUCUCCACCGCCACCGACUCUAGCAUGUCCGUCAUCGAGAUGGAGGCCUUCUCCAACUCCCAGCUCCUUUUCAUGACCUUCCUCAUGUUCGUCGGCGGUGAGGUCUUCGUCUCCGUGGUCGUGCUCACGCUGAAAGCUUUUCGGGUGAGGACCAAGUCACGGAUGGCGGCAGAGGAGGAGGAGAAAAGCAGGGCCACCCCAACCUCGAGUCCACCCGGUGAUCAUCGUCACGAGCUGGAAUUGAGCGUUGGAAAGGAUGAUAGAGCUCCAUCCCCGUCGUCAAUCGACGAUCAAGAACGAAUUUUGGAGUCCAAAUCGGUCCAAUUUCUAAGCUUCAUCUGUCUGUGCUACCUGAUCGUAAUCCACAUUUUUGGGGUUGCUCUGCUUUCUGCGUACGUCACUCUGUCUCCCAGCGCGAGCAGAGUCUUGGAGGAUAAAGGGAUAAAAAGGUUAACUUUCGCCCUCUUCACCGCGGUCUCCACUUUCGGGAGCUGCGGAUUCAUCCCCACAAACGAGAACAUGAUCGUGUUCAGGCAUAACACCGUGAUGCAGCUGAUUCUGAUCCCCCAGGUUCUGAUGGGGAACACCAUGUUCCCGCCCUGCCUCCGUCUCUGCGUCUGGCUCACCGGGAAAUUGUGGAAGGCGAAAUCGGACUGCACCGAGUACCUGUUGCGGAAAAGCAAGAGGAUCGGAUUCUACCACCUCCUUCCCGGGCGGGAAUCGGCGUGGCUGACGGCCACGGUGGUGAUAUUCCUGGCGGUUCAAUUCGCUCUGUUCUUGGGGACGGACUGGUGGUCGGAGGGUCUGAUCGGGCUGAACACGGUGGAGAAGCUGGUCGGGGCUCUGUUCCUGACGGUGAACGCUAGGCAUUCCGGCGAGACCAUCGUUGAUCUCAACACCAUUUCCGCGGCGUCUCUUGUGGUGUUCGUCGUUAUGAUGGUACCUUCCGCCCUAUACGUUCUUCCUUCCCAUGAAGGGAGGGCGUGAAGUGGCAAAGACCAACAAUCAAGGAGAAAGCGUUAAGUACAUGAUUCAAGACGGUCAUAAUGAUAACACUACUGGUGAAAUCACAAGGCCGAGAAUAAAAGGAGGAGUUCAUCAUGGUCACAAUAACAACAAGUUUAUCGAGAAUUUUAUAGUCUCGCAACUCUCCUUCUUAUCAAUAUUCAUUAUUUUGAUAUGCAUCACCGAGCGGCAAAGUAUAGUAAAAGAUCCCCUCAACUACAACGUUUUCAACAUCAUCUUCGAAGUCAUCAGUGCAUAUGGGAAUGUCGGGUUCUCGAUGGGAUACGGGUGCAAAAGGCAGAUAAAUCCCAGUGGGGAUUGCCAGGACAAGUACUACGGCUUCUCUGGGAAAUGGAGUGAUGAGGGCAAAAUCGUUCUCAUUCUGGUCAUGUUGUUUGGAAGGCUCAAGAAGUUCAACAUGGACGGAGGGAAAGCUUGGAUACUUCUCUGAUCAAUGGAACGACCAUAAUUUGUAUCUCACCGAUGUUCUGUCUAAAGCAAAAAGAGAGUUGAUAAUUAAUAUUGGUAGCAAAAUGUCGAGUAGAUAUAAGAAAGAUUGUAAAUGUACAAGACCAUUUUUCAGUAUAUAUUACCGACACUUGAGUUAUGAUGUGUAGUCCCGGUCAAGUUUUUUGGUUUGUUUUUACAGUAAUUUCAAUCUUUUAUUCCACCA